UGCUUUACUAUUCGAUCUCCAUGCGUAUAUAUAGUGUAUAUAUAUUGUUUUUAAUUUAGUUGAAGAAGCAUUUGUUUUUUCUUCUUGGGAAUAAUGGAAGAUCAAGGGCAAGAUCACUCUAAUAAUAGUCCAAGCCAUGGCUCAGAGAGAAACGAACCAGUCCGGUCAAGGUGGACUCCCAAGCCAGAGCAAAUCCUAAUACUGGAGUCUAUCUUCAACAGCGGAAUGGUAAAUCCUCCCAAAGAUGAAACAGUAAGAAUAAGAAAACUGCUAGAGAAAUUCGGUUCUGUCGGCGAUGCAAACGUUUUCUACUGGUUCCAGAACCGUCGGUCGAGAUCUCGCCGCCGACAGCGCCAGAUGCAGGCUAGCCUUGAACAAAGAAAUCAGGCACAACUAAUCAGUGGUGCAACUCAGUUCGAGAGUAGCUCCGCUUUGGGUCUCGGGCCUUUAUCAUCUGCUUUCGCUUCUGCUCCAUCUUCUUGUCAUCUUGGUUCCUCCUCCUCGAGUGGAGGCGUACUUAUGGGCAACGAUGGUGUUGAUCACUGUAUGUUUUCAGUCUCCGGCCAAAUUAGUUUCCCGGAAAUCGAGCAGGGCUCCACCGUGACGCCCGGUUUAUGUACUCCAUCAGAUACUUUAAAUUUGCAGUACCAAUCUGGAUUCAUCACAGUGUUUAUUAAUGGGGUUCCAACAGAAGUUCCAAGGGGGCCACUAGACAUGAAAACAAUGUUUAGUCAAGAUCUAGUGUUGGUCCAUUCCUCUGGAGUGCCUGUACCUAUCAAUGAUUUUGGCUUCUUAAUGCAGGGUUUGCAUCAUGGUGAAAGCUAUUUCCUGGUUUCAAGGGCAGCCUAAGAAAUAAAGCCGCACCAAUCAGUCGGAGCUUCCAACUUUCUUUAAUUCCUUGCUUAUUCUCUCUAGCUUCUUCUUUCUUACUUCCUCCUUUUUUUCUUUUUUUUUUUCCCGUUCUUUUCUGUUUGCGUGGCUAGGCUUUAUCUAUGUGG